AAAUGAUUAAAAUUAUUUUUUAAAAAUUUAUAUAUUUUAAAAUUAAUCAUUGUUGGCAGUAAUUUAGCAGGAAGGAUGAAGAGAGAAUGGCAGGAGAAGAUAUAAAGGAAGAGGUUGAAGGGCAAAUCUAAGUUAGAAGUUACAACAAAAUCCAAAUCUGUUUAGUAUUUACACUGAUCAACUUCUCCCUUUAUUUCCAUCAUUUUGCUCUUUUUUUCUCACCCACACCAAGAAAAUGGAGCUCAAACCCAACCAAAGUCCCCAUGGCUCUACUCCAGACCCAAUACCAGACCUUGAUAACUCCAACAAUGGCUUACCAUUCUCUCCCCAACAACCCCAUCUCUUUUCUGAUGAUUUUGACAGCACUUGCUCCACUCCUUACGUUAGUGCUCCUUCUAGCCCCGGCCGUGGCGCUGCUUCUGCACCUAUUAAUGGUGGUUUCUUUUACAGUUGCCCUGCAAGCCCAAUGCAUUUCGCUAUUACCACAACUGCUGCUUCAUACUCUGCAUCAGCUGUUUCUUCACCGGAUAUUGGUAAUGGAGGCUCUGUGCCUUUUGGGUAUGAGUUUGAAUUCUCGGCAAGACUUGGGUCGAGUGGUUCUGGUCAAACUGGUUCUAUGAGCUCUGCUGAUGAGUUGUUUUUGAACGGGAAGAUCCGCCCCAUGAAGCUAUCCACACAUUUGGAGAGACCCCAAGUGCUGGCUCCUUUGUUGGAUCUUGAAAAUGAAGAGGAAGGGGACGAUGAGGAGGAUGAUAUGCAUGGUGGAAGAAUAGUUAACGGCGGAGAAAGUACAAGAGGUAGAGAUCUGAGACUGCGUGAUAAAUCUUUGCGUAGAAGAACCAGAUCUAUGUCUCCACUAAGAAGUACUUUUGAGUUUGCUAAUGAUGAGGAAGAUAGCAAGAAGAACGAGAUCUAUGGCUCCACUGAUGAGUCUUGUGAGGGUUCAUGUUUGGAAGCUAUUGGAAGCAACAAGAUUGAAGAAGAAGCAGCAACUCCAUCAGUUUCUGCAUCUUCUUCUAGGUCAUCAUCAGCUGGAAGGAACUCAAAAAGAUGGGUGUUCUUGAAAGAUUUUCUUUACAGAAGCAAAAGUGAAGGGAGAAGCAAUAACAAGUUCUGGUAUAAUAUUUCGUUUUCACCAGCAAAGGAAAAGAAGUCCAUGAACACAGCAGCAGGUGUGCAAGUUCCUGCAACAACAAAAGAAAAGCUUGGAAAUGCUUCAAUGGAGAAUCAGAAAGUUAAGGGGAGUGGAAUAGCUUCAGGGAAGAAACCAAUGCAUGGGGUAGGAAAGAGAAGGAUACCAACAUCACCCCAUGAGUUGCAUUACAAAGCAAGUAAAGCACAGGCUGAGGAGAUGAGGAAGAAGACCUUCUUGCCUUACAGACAAGGAUUACUGGGAUGCUUGGGGUUUAGUUCAAAGGGGUAUGGAGCCAUGAAUGGAUUUACAAGAACCCUGAAUCCAGUUUCCUCCAGGUAAACAAACUGUGAUUUAUCAUCAUUAGACUAAAAGAAAUUGUAUAGAUCUUAUUAUUUUUAUUUUUAAUUGUGUAAUUCUAUGAUGAUGAUCUAUGUAUUUAUUACUGGGUCUAGUCUUGGUUCUUCUUCUCUCCUAGUUAAAAAGAGAAGCUGUUCCUGAUCCAUGGGGUUGUCUAACUUGUAUGCCAUGAGAGAAAGCUCAAUCUGUUACUUUUGUUUGAGUAAACAACUUGGAAUCAUAUUAAAUAGGCCUUAAUUGGCUUUAGC